AUGCCCACCAAACCACGAGACGGCCUUGCCUGGAAUGACACCGGGCUGAACAAUGUGCCCGUGUGGACUCGGGACCCGAAUUUGGACGGCAUCGUCAAAACAUGCCGCGAGAAGCUGCACACAACCGAUGUUUCGGUCUCCUUUUUCGCCCAAGGGGCCUUCAACAAGCUCUAUCUCGUCCAGUCAGGCGAGAACAACCCCUCGUACAUCAUGCGUGUCUCGCUCCCCGUCCAUCCGCAAGCCAAAACUCGAGGGGAGGUCACAACGCUGCGCUUUCUCCGAACACAUACCGACAUCCCCGUUCCAGACGUCCUCGCCUUUGACGACAGCGCAAAUAACGAGAUCGGCUUCGAGUGGAUCCUGAUGGAGUGCAUGCCCGGCGUAUCGCUGUACAAGAAGUGGCGGACGCUGAGCGCCUUUCAAAAAGCCCGUCUCGUGCAGCGGGUCGCCGGAUUCCAGUCCCAGCUCAUGCGGCAUCCCUUCUCCGGCAUUGGGACGCUACUCGAUACGAGCGAGGAAGUCGGCCAGAAACCGCAGCCAGGCGAGCUCGUUUCAACCUCUUUCUUCGACGGCGCCCACUUCGACCUCGACAUCCCCCGUGGGCCGUUCCGCUCGACGCACGACUGGCUUGCGUCGUACCUGCAGAUCGCGAUCAGUGACCACGCGACAGAUAAAAAGGAGGCCGAAGAUGAAGAAGAUGAAGACGAUGUGGCGGACGCCGAGUUCGCUCUGGGCGUCACACGGCAGCUGAUUUCCCUACUUCCCAAGAUCUUCCCCCCGCUUGUGAACCCCCCGGAGCGCUCGGUUAUCAUGCAUCAGGACCUCUCACUAUGCAAUAUCCUAGUUAACGACCGGGGCGAAAUCACCGCCAUCGUCGACUGGGAGUGCGUCUCUGCCAUGCCACUGUGGAUGGCAACCGAGAUGCCCAAAUUCCUAGACUUGUCGACGCGGGACGAAGAGCCGCGGCGCGACGGCUACGGGGAUGAAAGCGACGGAGAGAACGGCGGAGAUGGCGGGGACGAUGAUGACGCGCUGGACAACGAGGGCAAGAACGAGCUCUACUGGAUCCAUCUGAUGGAGUACGAGACCACGCAGCUGAGGGAGCUGUACAACACAUCCAUGCGCCAGAUGAAUCCGGGAUGGGGCUUGCUCGUCGACGAUAGUGCUUUCAGGCAGGACUUCGCUAGGGCGGCCUUCUAUUGCGGCUAUGGGUUCUCGCUUAAGAAGAUCGCCAAAUGGGUCGAUGCCGUCGAGCAAGGCGAGUAUCCGCGACUAAUGGAUGUUCUGGAGGGGUAG